AUCCUUAAUUGUGACUAAUCAAAAUGCUUUGUUGUCGAAAAGUUUUGAAGGAGCAAACACGCAAUUUUUGCGUGUCAUUGCUAACUUUUGGCGAUUACAACUCAUAUGUUAUAAGCCGGUCCAAACGUGACUACAGACUACAACAAGUUAAUAACCGGUAAAAUCAUAUCUGAAACGGCGUCGUAUAAGUAAGGGAGACGCUACCGUUUUCCAAUUUCGAAUGCAAGUAAUAAACUGAGGUGGUCGUUGAAGCUCUCAUAACAGUCUAGACUCUGGACUUCUUCGCGAAACUGAAGAAAUUAAAUCUGAAAAAAAAAAAAAUCUCCCCAAAUCAAAAUCAUAAAAGAUGAAGAGAUGGGGAAAGAUGUGGGCUUUGAUGGGUUUGCUUCUUUUGAAUUGGGUGAGUAAUGUUUCCUCCCUUUCGGUGACCGUAAACGACGUAGAAUGCGUGUAUGAGUACGUGCUUUUCGAAGGGGACACGGUUUCAGGCAACUUUGUCGUCGUCGACCACGAUAUUUUCUGGAGCUCUGAUCACCCCGGCAUUGAUUUCACCGUGACUUCUCCUGGGGGUAAUACAGUUCACAAUUUGAAAGGUACAUCUGGGGACAAGUUUGAAUUCAAGGCACCACAAAGCGGAAUGUACAAAUUUUGUUUCCACAAUCCCUACUCUACACCAGAGACUGUUUCGUUCUAUAUUCACGUCGGCCAUAUUCCCACUGAGAACAAUCUUGCCAAAGAUGAACAUUUGGACCCAAUUAAUGUUAAAAUUGCUGAGCUGAGAGAGGCUUUGGAGACUGUUACAGCAGAACAAAAGUACUUAAAAGCACGUGAUGCUCGGCAUCGUCAUACAAAUGAGAGCACAAGAAAGCGUGUUAUAGGUUACACAGUUGGAGAGUACAUUCUGCUAGCUCUUGUUAGUGCACUUCAAGUUCUCUAUAUUCGCAGUCUCUUCAGCAAAUCAGUUGCAUACAACCGAGUUUGAGCUACCUGAUUAUUAAUGUAGUUUCUCUGUUCCAUUUAACCAGAGGAUCAUAGGGAGAAUCCUAUAGAUGAGUUCAUAAAAAUCGAAAUUUUGCAGCGAUGACAGUUUGGUGUUUUAUGUUCAUUCAAGUCUUGUUUGUCAAUUACAGUGUUGGCUUUUUGACAUGGUAUAUGUUUUAGACUAACUUUGAUCAGUUUGAGCUACUUUUACCUAAUAUUAUUGAAAACCUGAGUCUCAUUUGCAGCAGUGCAACGUUUACACCGGUAUGAGUAUUGGCUUUUUUGAUCAUGUAGAUGGAGAGAUGGUUUAAAUAGAAAUGGCUUCCUACUAGAUAUGAAGAUAUAUCCUACGUGGGCAACCGAACCCAAAACGUUGUUUAAAAAAGGUUCCAAUGAAUUCAAUCGAUAAAUUCAAUCGAAUUUGAUUUGAUUAGGGCUCCAUUUAAAUAGGUGGUGUGAUUAGUUGUAGUGAAAUUGAAAUCAAUAAUAAAAAUUAUUGUA